AUGGCUCUUCCCCUCGCUGAGAUCCCCACAGUUGCGCUCUUGUACAAGCUACAGCGUCUAGCCCCCAUAUCAUCCCAGUUCAACCCCUCGCAAAGCCUCAACAAUAGCAUCUCCAUCAUCCGCAAUGACAUAACCAGGCUGCAAGUCGACUGUAUCGUCAAUGCAGCCAACGAGUCCCUCCUAGGCGGUGGUGGCGUAGACGGCGCAAUCCACUGUGCUGCAGGCCCAGAGCUCUUGGAAGAAUGUCGCACGCUGGAUGGAUGCGAGACUGGCGAUGCAAAGAUCUCCAAGGCUUAUGAGCUACCCUGCAAGCAUGUCAUCCACGCUGUUGGUCCAGUCUACUUCCGUGAGAGACGCAUCGACCCCAGACGCCCUGAGGCUCUGCUUCGUUCUUGCUAUCGGCGCAGUCUGGAGCUGGCUGUUCAGAAUAACCUGAAGAGCAUUGCUUUCGCUGCUAUCAGCACUGGUGUCUACGGAUUUCCUAGUGACCUUGCUGCAGAGGCUGCUACCGAUGAAGUGCGUAAGUUUCUCGAGGGGCCUGCCAACAUUGGGAAGCUGGAGCGGGUCAUCUUCUGCAACUUUGAGCGGAAGGACGUUGACGCAUAUGAGGAUGUGAUUCCUGAAUACUUCCCUCCUACCGCCGAUGAUCAAGCUGAGAACAGCGAUGCGUGA